AUGGCUCGGCACGGCGUGUGGCUCGGCACGGCGUUCGGCUCGGAGACGGAGCGGGACAAGGGGUCCAUUGUGGGCGGCGCGGCUCUGCGCAGCGCGUCUAGAGGUUGCCGCGUGCAGUGGGACCGCGGCCAGCGCGUGCCGCACAGGGAGCUGGAGGUCGCGAAGCGGGAACUGCGACCGUUGCUGAACGCGCUGCGGUUCAUCGAGUCCAGCAACAGGGUGAACUGCCCGGACGGCGACGCGGGAAGCAGCAUCGGCCCGCUGCAGAUCUCGGAGGAGUAUCACCGCGACGCGUGGGGCCACCGUGCCGGCCGCUGGACGGCGUGUCGCGAGCUGGCGCACGCGGAGGACACGGUGGUGCGGUACUGGCUGCGCUACUGCCCCGGCGCCAUCCGCGCGCACGACUGGGAGCUCCUCGCCAAGUUCCACAACGGUGGGCCGCGGGGCACGAAGCACAGCAAGACGCGCGCGUACUGGCGGAAGGUGGUGCGCCACCUCGCCGCGCAGCAGCCGCUCGGACUUUCCGGGGACGUUCCCCACAUCCCGCCGCAGCUUCCUGGGACCUUCCGCGCGGAGGGCCUUGCAGCGGAGUGCUCUGCGUCCUCCGCCGCUUCUGGCGGUGGCGCCGGACUAACGGUUUCCGCGGUCGCGCAUCGUAAGCAGCAGCAGUCGCUGCAGCAGGUGACAGAAACGAAAUGUUCUGUUAACGAAGGGAGUCAGCAGAUAGUGGUUGACGAAUCAGAUCAGCGCGCAGACGUGGCGACGGGAGGGAGAGUGAGACCUCGGCGCGGCCAUCGUCGCCCCCAGCAGGCGCUGCGCGCAGUGCCGUGGCGCUCCCCCGCGUCCGCUGCCCCCGCUCCCCCGUCCCCCUCACUUGAGUCCGCCGCCCACGGCGCCGCCCUCGCUGCCCUCUCCGCCCUCCCAUUUCUCAAUACGAUGGCUUUGGAUGGCGAUGCUGACGUUGCGCAUCCUGCGGACGAGUUGUGUGGAUUAACGGAGUGCGCUUCUCCUGUCGCCUCCCCAGCCCGUGCCACCCGCUCCGCUACCGCUCCCCCUGCUGCUACGCCAACAGCUGUGGCAGGGUGCACGCAAACCCCCACACCCCAACCGCAGUGCCCGUGUGCCAAGGAGGGCGCGUGCGGGGACACGGAGGGCGCAGCAGAGGAGGGGUGCGUGGCGGAGGCGCGCGCGGGGGCGGGGUGGCUGCUGUGGGACUCUGACUUGGCGUGGACGGUGGAGCACCACGAAGACUUCUUCACUCCCGCUGCCAGCCUGGACGUGCAGGAUUCAGUCAGGGAGCACCGAGGUGCCGCCGUUGCUGCUGACGUGGCGGAUAAGCUUGCCAGCUUGGACAUUGGGAAGCUGGUGCAUGGGAUGAAGAGAGGUUCAGGGAGGGAGGCGGUAGCAGCAAGUAGUGACGAUGUGGGCGAGCAAGCAGCGGCGGAGAGAAGCACGAAGCUAGCCCGUGGUACAAGGGAGGGCAGUGGGGACUCGGCACAUGCCAGGUCAGCUGGUGGUGCUUCCAGCUCACCACUUGUCAACUCCACAGCAGCCCGUCACGCUUCCUCGAGUGAAUGUGGUGAGAGGGGGAGAGCGAGCAGGGAGGCAGGCAGGGACGCACCCAGAGAGGCGAGGCAGAGGGUGGAGGCAUGGCUCACACUGGUGGACGGUGGGAGAUCACGAAUGCGCAAGGAUUCAGCGGAGGGCAAGAAUGGGGCAAUAAGGCCAACAGGUGGAACGUUGACAGGCAGCAGGGAAGGGGAGGCGUUGCCUAGCCCAGCAGCACUGCCGCACGCCCAGUCACUGCACUCCACGCCUGUGCCGUGGGCAGGAGCGGUGCGAGCAGUGCAGGCAGCGCAGGGGGCACUAGGAGCACAGGGCGCACGGGCAGCACGACCAGCAUGGGCAGCACGGCAUGGAGCAUGGCACGCGGCGGCAGGGCCGAGUGCAGCAGACAAGGUGGAGGCCUGGGUGCAUGCCCAUGGCUCUCGUGGUACUUCUGGUGGCGCUGCUGCUGCAUCGCCCACUCUCAUAUGCUAA